CUUCAGUGCAGAAACAGCAGCAGACUGUUGGAGGAUCAGGUGAUAUCGGACUCUUUAUUGUAUUGAAUUAGAUCCAGUGCAGAGACAUUGUGAUAUAAAGUAUAAAGUGAAGACAGGAUUCUCUGUAGGUGAAUAAUGGAAGGGUGGGUAGAGUUUCUUCUGUUCUCCAGUAAAGAGGAGCAGCAGAAGAUCUAGUUCUGAUCAGCAGCAGCUCCACACCUCUGUACUCAGACUGCUCUGCUGGAGGAACACAAUCAGCUCACCUGCUGCAGAAACCACAAAUAUGUUGAGGUGCUGAACAACAGGAACAACAUGGCAUCCAGAGAAGUUUUCAGUUCUCAAGAUACGUCCUCUCCAAACAGUACAGACAAGAAGAAAACCCUCUACUGUUCAGACUGUGGGAAGAGUUUUAUUCGGCAGGGUUCACUCCGUCGCCACCAGCUUGUUCACACAGAAAUAAAGCGCUACCACUGCUCAAAGUGUGGGAAGGGUUUUAUGCAUCAGAGUCACGUCCAAAAACACCAGCGCAUUCACACAGCAGAGAAACCGUAUCACUGUUCAGACUGUGGGAAGAGUUUUACAAGAGAGAGUCUUCUCAAAACGCACCAGCACGUUCACACUGGCAUCAAACCGUACUUCUGCUCAGACUGUGGGAAGAAUUUUAAUCAUAGUAGUAAUCUCCAGAAACAUCAGCUCAUUCACACUGGAGAGAAACCGUAUCACUGCUCAGACUGUGGGAAAAGUUUUAAUCAUCAGAGUAAUCUCCAACAGCACCAGCGCAUUCACACUGGAAUAAAACCAUACCACUGCUUAGAGUGUGGCAAGACCUUUUCACAAGAGAGUAAUCUACUGCAACACCAGCGUGUGCACAGUGGAGACAAGCCGUAUCACUGCUCAGACUGUGGGAAGAGUUUUAAUCAUCAGAGUCAUCUUCUUCAGCACCAGCGCAUUCACACUGGAGAGAAACCGUAUUACUGCUCAGACUGCGGAAAAAGCUUCAGGCAUUCGAGCACGCUGAAAAAACACAAGUGUAUUAAGAGCAGCCAUGAAAAUUGUCAGUGAUGUAGAGGGUUUUCUGCAGAAAAUCAAUUAGUGAAGGUGGAGCCUUUGGUUUGGUGGUGCGGCUAGUGAUUCAAGGUUUCUUGUUGGACAAUAAGCACGUUCCUGAUGGUAACAAAUACAGUAAUAUAUUGUUGUCAAGGCAGCUGCCCUAACUAUAAAGAGCUGCUGAAAACACUGAAGUACCUAAAACUAUCAACGUUUCUAAAAUAUGAGAACUUUUGAUUCUUAAAAUGCUUGGUGUUUUUUUUUAUAGAUUAUAUAAUUGUGUUUGGUUAAUGCCAAGUCAACUCUAAUGCCCAUACAAUUGAGAUUAAGCUCUUCUAUUUUAGAUUAUAAAGUAUAGUAUUGUUCUCCAGUCUGUUACUAGAGCCAAUCACUGAUUCAUUUCACAUGUGUGUGAUUAAGCUCACUAUUUAAACCCUAGGUCUGUUUGAAAUGGUUUGCUCAUUAACUAGUCGGUUCAUUAUGUAGUGCUAAAUGCUAUAGAUUGAAUAGUUAUAGAGUGACUUAAACAACAAACCAUCUUUUUGCUGUUCCGAAAACAUCUGAAAUUCUAGCGUACCGUAUUUUUUGUUCUAUAAAAGGUGCACUUACAAUCCUUUAAUUUUCAUAACAAUCGACAGUGCGCCUUAUAAUCCAGUGCACCUUUUGUAUGAAUUUUACCAGUCAGGUUUUAAGUAUAGCAUUAUAAAAGGAGUUUCCGUGAAGUGUUUCCAGCACCAAGGCUGGAGCAGUAUUAGCAUUAACUGUUAACCGCAGCGCUAGCUCUUUCGACAUUCAGAGGUGAGUAUAGUCUGGACUGUAUUCUGCGUUUACUGUGUUAAAACAAGCUGCGUGGGAUGAACCACUAGCUGAUAGGAACCCUGAGAGUUUCAGUAAGUGUAGUGCUGUCAGGAGACCUUUACUCACCCAAAAGUGCAGUUUUGUUAAAGAGAUAAAUCUGUGUAGAUUGCCUUUAAAAUAUUUUUUUUUAGACUCAGUUUUGUUUACUUACUUAAAUUAGAAGAGAAACAUGGAAACAGCCUUAUCCUGACUACUGUCACUUAAAAUGCACCGUAUGUGUAAAAACAGACCAGAAAAUAGAUAUUCAUUGAUAGUGUCCUUAUAAUAUGGAGCGCCGUGUAGUCUGUAAAAUACAGUACAUUGUCUGAUGCAUUAUGGGUGUUUGAUAGUGAACUAUAUAGGGAGUGAAAAGUACUGUAGAUUUUUUAAAACAGUACUAUAAAAUGGGUGACACCAUACAGUAUAGUGCACUUUUUCUGUAAUAGGGUGCAAUUGCCAACAGCUUUAUAGAGCUGCAAAGUAGUAAAUGCAAAUCUGAUUGUACAUGGAGUGUCAUUCCUGUCUGUAUUGUUCUGGUUAUGAUCCUUUCUGUUUCUAUUCUGUUUACUCGUUAUUGGUGGUGUAAGGGUACAUGUAUUCUUUAUGGUUUCAGGUUGCGUUGCACAGAGAAUACAUGGUACAUACAUGUAAGCUGUAGGAACAUGUGGAAAGCAGCAAACAUGAUGCAGAACCAAAGCCCACAGCAGCAAGGGUUCAAUCCUUAAACGGCAUCUGGCAACAGGAAGUGAUACCCACUGGCACCUGCCAUUCAACCGGUGGCAACAGGAAGUGACACCAUUGGCACCUGGCAUUUGGCUGGUGGCACUGGCCACUAAUACUAGUGGCUAGUGGCAUCUGCCAUUCAGAACCCAAUACGUGCCACUUAGUAAAGACACUUGGCACAGGUCCUGUGACUAAACUAGUGGCUUUGCACACAUCCAUACUCGAUGGGAGAUUGAUUUAAGGACUUUGAAGGAAGUUUACACAUUUGUUUAGGAUUUCAAUGGACAGCUAUUGGGCUCUUUUGGUCUGUGGCAACCUGAUUUAAUAGGAACGUACCGUUACGUAGUUAUGCACACUGAUGUUUUCAGUUAUUUUGUCCUAUUUGUUGUUUGCUUCACAAUUAAAAAAAAUGUUAAAUGUUGAAAGCUGUAUGCAUGGUCUGUAAAUUAAAUGAUGCAGACCCUCAAAUAUUCCCUUUGAAUUCCAGGUUGUGAGGUAACAAAAUGUGAAAAAUGUAAAGGGGGGUGAAUACUUUCGCAAGGCACUGUAUAUACACAUACACAAA